AUGGACCCAUCCAAGGUAAGAAACUAGUUUGGAAAAAAACGGAGUAUGCUGUUAUUUAAUAGAUGUCUGUAAAUAUGAAAAGUAACUGAAAAGUUUGUUGUUAAUAAACAGUAAAGUAGGCAACAUUGUAUUCAUUUCAUAUUUCAUUUACAGCAACACGGAAGUGCGAGAUUGACUCGAUCAAAGUAAUGGGAACAACGGGGAAAAUAACUUUACAUGAUGAAAUGCAACAACAUGUGAUGUAAUAGUUCAUAGGCCUACUUUAAAAUGUCUAGGUAAUAAUCUAGCUAUGAAUUAAUAACGCAGUAAUGUUAAUAUCCAAUGAUUUCAUAUCUACCACUUUGCAUGUCAUUCGAAGGAGUGAAGAAGGCUGAAAUAAUCUACAUUUUAGCUGGUAAACUUUUGCGAUUUCAAUCACAUACCAUCUCAAUCAAGAGAUGUUGGCAAGAUAAAGUUGUAUUACACGCCUAGACCCUAAGCUAGUUUGAUAUCAUGCAGUUACAGUGCCGUGUGUGGAUGUGCACAUAUAUGCGGAGGGUAGAACAUGUAGGCUUUCCAAUGUGGUCCUGAAUAGAAUAGACUGCAGACAAGACACAGACUGUGUAUGUGUGUGGUGUGGUGUGUGUGUGUGUGUGUGUGUGUGUGUGUGUGUGUGUGUGUUUGUGUGUGUAAUGUAAAAUGUGUAGGAGGUAUCUGCAUCUGAGAAGGAAAGGAAGCCAGCAGGGGAGGAGAGUGAAGAGGCGUCCAGCACCUCUUCUGGAAUGUGAGUGAACAUAGAGUAUAUUAUCUAUUAUCUACCUGGUACAGCCAGGGCCACCCCUCAGAGUGGAUAUGAGUGGACAUAGAGUAUAUUAUCUAUUAUCUACCUGGUACAGCCAGGGCCACCCCUCAGAGUGGAUGUGAGUGAACAUAGAGUAUAUUAUCUAUUAUCUACCUGGUACAGCCAGGGCCACCCUUUAGGCAUGGUUAAACUUAUAAUGCAUUUUCCCGAGAUCUCCAAGAUCCAGGAUUCGUACAGGGUUUAAAUUCAAUAUUCUAAUUAAACUGUUAAAUGCUUAAUAAUGACAAAUAAAAUGUUCAUAUAUGUAAUUAAUGUAAGGAAAGAAAGGUAACGUGAAGACUCCAAGCAUUCAACUCGUGAAUUAUGGACAACUCAUGAACUAGUGUGUAAACAUGUUUUGAUUCAACACAUGUAUUAUAUUGAAUGUAGACUACCAGUUCUGUGUGUGUUGAAGUGGUUGAAGGCCUAGUGGAGGGUAAAGGCAGUUUUUUCACCUUUUUCUGAAAAAUGCAUUGAAAGUAUAGGGAGCUUUCAGAGUUGACCCACCUAUUUUUUGACCACUACAUCACUAUAUUAGAAGUCCAUAGUAAUACACAUUGUGGCCUUGUCAUUUUUUUCCCGAGACAGUUUCAGCCCCAUUUUAGAUUUCCCCAAAAAAGGUCAAUUUGUCAGCAAGAAGCAUCAAUUAAUGAAGGUCUAAUCAAUGGCAAUCUCUGAAUGUCAUUAUGUACUCUUUAUGGUGUUUUGUAAACAGAUGUAUAUUUCCAUUUAACAAAUGGUGUGAGUAUACAUGCAGUGCACUGUUUGGAAGCUGGAAUUAUUUUGGAGUGGAUGAACAUGCACAGACAUAGAGUAUAUUAUCUAUUAUCUACCUGGUACAACCAGGGCCACCCCUCAGAGUGGAUAUGAGUGGACAUAGAGUACCGUAAUUUUCGGACUAUAAGCCGCGCCUUUUUUCCCAUUUUUCGACCCUGCGGCUUAUAUAACGGUGCGGCUAAUCUAUGGAUUUUUACAGCUAACGGCCACUAGAAGACCUCCUAAAUCUAUGGAUUUUACAGGUUACAGUCCACCAACUUUAACUCUAUGGGCUCUAUGACCGCUCCGCGCCCCCCACCUUUAAGCGGCGGGCUCCAGCAGGAAAAGCUGGAGGCCGGAAAAGAGUGAGACAGGUAGCGCGCAAAAGUAAAAGUGGAACCGAGAGUGGUACGAGAGACAGAACGAGAGACAUUACGAGAGCGAGACAGUUUGUGCAAAGGAAGUUUUCAUGCACAAACCCUCAUUAUGGAAAACAAACGUAGAAAUGCUUACCGUAUAUUUUAAGCAGCCGUGUUGCUGCAACUUUAGGCUUACGCGCUUACUGUCGUGUUACAGGCACUUUAUUUUGCACUUUAAAAAACACACAUUUAAUUUAGCCAUUGAUAUUGCCUCGUCAAGCGCUGUAAGCUUUGUUUUUUGUUAUGGUACUACUGUAGGCUAUAAUGUAGAUAAAUAUUCAAAGAUGUGCACACUUUUUCAAGGUUUUUCAAAAAUAACCAAAGUUAAGUGGUUAAAUGAUUGUGACGCUAUUAACACAUUUUGCUGGGGAACCCCUAGCACUCCCUCAAGGACCACUAGUUGAAAACCACUGCUGUAGAUCACUGCCGUUAUGUGGGCUGGGAGCGCACCGUUUAAGUUUGAAAGUUGAAAAGUUUGUGUGUCUGAAACGCUAUGUGAUACAGUACAGUUUACACAGCACAGUAUAUGUUCUGUAGCUACUAUUGCACUAAAUGGUAACACUUGAAUACGUUAUGCAAAUAUGCAACUUGUUUGUUGAAAUGUUAAUAAAUGGGAGCUUCCUCAAGCAGCCAUCUCUUUCCCGACAAUCCCCUCUGUGCACGAACCCUUACAUAUGGUAAUUAACAUUAAAACACCUGCGGUUUAUAGUCCAGUGCGGCUUAUAGUGCAGAAAAUACGGUAUAUUAUCUAUUAUCUACCUGGUACAGCCAGGGCCACGCCUCAGAGUGGAUAUGAGUGGACAUAGAGUAUAUUAUCUAUUAUCUACCUGGUACAGCCAGGGCCACCCCUCUGAGUGGAUAUGAGUGGACAUAGAGUAUAUUAUCUAUUAUCUACCUGGUACAGCCAGGGCCACCCCUCUGAGUGGAUAUGAGUGGACAUAGAGUAUAUUAUCUAUUAUCUACCUGGUACAGCCAGGGCCACCCCUCUGAGUGGAUAUGAGUGAACAUAGAGUAUAUUAUCUAUUAUCUACCUGGUACAGCCAGGGCCACCCCUCAGAGUGGAUAUGAGUGAACAUAGAGUAUAUUAUCUAUUAUCUACCUGGUACAGCCAGGGCCACCCCUCAGAGUGGAUAUGAGUGGACAUAGAGUAUAUUAUCUAUUAUAAACUGGGUGGUUUGAGCUCUUCUUUCUCAGGUACAGCCUCAACCUCUCAUCUGUCCUUAUUCCCACCAGGCCCCGAACUAUCUUUUCCCAGUGUGGUUACCCUCCAGGUCCUCCUCCUCCUUCCUUUCUGCCUCAUCUAGGAAAUCUUUCUGGUACCUCAGGACAGCUCAGGUCACAGGUAAGAGGACGGUUAGAGAAUUUUAGGAUCACUUCUACCCUCAUAUGUUAAAACACCUGUACUCACUGUCAUAGUCAGUUCUACAGUAUGAAAUGAUACAGUCCACACAUACAGUCUAGAUAAUUAACUAAUCUCUCAUGUACACUAUGAGUGGUGGUGGUCAGACUGCAUCCCUACACACACACACACCAACUGUAAUCUAUUAUAUGAUGAUAUGAGAAUGAGAUAUUGAGAGACCAGUAUAAAUAUUCUAGUACGUCUUAACAAUAUUAAUAUAUUCAUGUUCUUUAUUUUAUAUCAGUAGUCAGUUUUUCUAUUCCUUCCUCACUGUUGUCACCUUUGUUGUUUUAGAGAACGUUGGCUGUUCCAUCUCUGCUGCUGACAACUCUGGAGGAGAUGAACCCACAAGAGCUGAAGACAUUUCAGUCUUUCCUGACUAGUGGCCUGCUGCCUGACUGUCCUCCCAUCCCAGAGAGUCAGCUGGAGAACGCCGACAGACAGGUCACAGUGGAUCAGAUGGUGAAGACAUACGGCCCUGAGAGAGCUGUGGAGAUCACACUGAGGAUCCUGAGGGGGAUGAAGCGGGUAGACCUAGCAGAGAAGUUAGAGACAGAUCACAGAGGAGGUAACAGAACAAGAAUGUACAUCAAUCUAUACAUCACAAUCACAGUUCAGUGGAGGUCUAACCAGAAAGAACAUUCAACUGACUUCAUAAUAACAUUCAGCAGGCCUCUCUUUUAUCAUUUUUAUUCAUGAUGUAUCCAGGUGGCCCCAUUAUGUUUAAACAGCAAUCCAACAUUCAUUAUAUUCCAUACAGACAAUCACCAAUACAGUAGGGAAGAUAUCUCAAACGGAUUAGACUUUCUAAUCAUGGCUGUAUGUCUCUUCCUGAGCUGCCUAAUCUGGAAGAUGAACCAUAAUGAUCUGGCAGAGAAGUUAGAGAGAGAUCAGAGAAGUAGGAUUGCAGACAAGGACCCUAACUGUCUCUCUAUCCCCCCUCCUAUCUUCCCCUCUAUUUCCCCUGUUUCCCCCUCUUUAUCAGGUACUGCCUCAACCUCUCACCUGCCCUUAUUCCCACCAGGCCCCGAUCCGUCCUCUCCCCUGUGUGGUUACCUUCCAGGUCCUCCUCCUCCUUCCUUUCUGUCUCAUCUAGGAAGUUGUUCUGGUAGCUCAGGACAGCUCAGGUCACAGGUAAGAGGACGGUUAGAGAAGGAUGACUUCUACCCUCAUAUGUUAAAACACCUGUACUCACUGUCAUAGUCAGUUCUACCCUCAUAUGUUAAAACACCUGUACUCACUGUCAUAGUCAGUUCUACCCUCAUAUGUUAAAACACCUGUACUCACUGUCAUAGUCAGUUCUACACUUCUACCCUCAUAUGUUAAAACACCUGUACUCACUGUCAUAGUCAGUUCUACAGUAUGCAAUGAUGCUGAAUGUAAGACUAGUGGCCAUGUCUAAAGUCAAUGUGAGCAAACCCCAUACAGUAGAUCACAAUAUUCUCUGCAGACACUGCAGUGUGUGUGUGUGUGUGUGUGUGUGUGUGUGUGUGUGUGUGUGUGUGUGUGUGUGUGUGUGUGUGUGUGUGUCUGUGUCUGUGUCUGUGUCUGUGUGUGUGUGUGUGUGUGUGUGUGUAGAGGAGAGGGCCGCUGGCAGAGGCCAACAGGGAUGAGCAGUUUCCCAAACUCCCUAGAACCUUCUAUGUAAAGUAAAGUUUUUGUUUGUGUUUGUGUGUAUGUGUAUGUGCUUGCGCAUACUUGUGUGUGUGUGUUGGGUGCAUGUGUAUAUGUAGCAAGCAAAGGCCAACAGGCUGUUUCCCACACUCCCCAGCACCUCUUCUGGAAGGUGAGUGGACAUACAAAGAUGAAAUGAGUCUAAUAUUAACAACUCUACCAUAACAUAUUUUAUUACAUCAUCCUCAUGAACUGUGAAAUGAAUGUAGAACAGUGAAGUGACCACAGCAUGUGGUGGUGGUGUAGGGGAACAGAGCAGUGUGUGACUGUUUCCUGUGUCCAGGUCGACCCGGUCUGGAAAGAAGCGUCGUCUGGAGACUGAGAUCUCUAGGCUGGAGGAGAAGCUGAGGUUCAUGAAGGUAACACUAGUGUUCAUGUCUGAGAGGUCAAAUGUCAUUGUGAACAAACCCCAUUAAGAUCACAGCCACAUACAGUGGGGGAAAAAAAGUAUUUAGUCAGCCACCAAUUGUGCAAGUUCUCCCACUUAAAAAGAUGAGAGAGGCCUGUAAUUUUCAUCAUAGGUACACGUCAACUAUGACAGACAAAUUGAGAAAAAAAAAUCCAGAAAAUCACAUUGUAGGAUUUUUUAUGAAUUUAUUUGCAAAUUAUGGUGGAAAAUAAGUAUUUGGUCACCUACAAACAAGCAAGAUUUCUGGCUCUCACAGACCUGUAACUUCUUUUUAAUAGGCUCCUCUGUCCUCCACUCGUUACCUGUAUUAAUGGCACCUGUUUGAACUUGUUAUCAGUAUAAAAGACACCUGUCCACAACCUCAAACAGUCACACUCCAAACUCCACUACGGACAAGACCUAAGAGCUGUCAAAGGACACCAGAAACUAAAUUGUAGACCUGCACCAGGCUGGGAAGACUGAAUCUGCAAUAGGUAAGCAGCUUGGUUUGAAGAAAUCAACUGUGGGAGCAAUUAUUAGGAAAUGGAAGACAUACAAGACCACUGAUAAUCUCCCUCGAUCUGGGGCUCCACGCAAGAUCUCACCCCGUGGGGUCAAAAUGAUCACAAGAACGGUGAGCAAAAAUCCCAGAACCACACAGGGGGACCUAGUGAAUGACCUGCAGAGAGCUGGGACCAAAGUAACAAAGCCUACCAUCAGUAACACACUACGCCGCCAGGGACUCAAAUCCUGCAGUGCGAGACGUGUCCCCCUGCUUAAGCAAGUACAUGUCCAGGCCCGUCUGAAGUUUUCUAGAGUGCAUUUGGAUGAUCCAGAAGAGGAUUGGGAGAAUGUCAUAUGGUCAGAUGAAACCUAAAUAUAACUUUUUGGUAAAAACUCAACUCGUCGUGUUUGGAGGACAUAGAAUGCUGAGUUGCAUCCAAAGAACACCAUACCUACUGUGAAGCAUGGGGGUGGAAACAUCAUGCUUUGGGGCUGUUUUUCUGCAAAGGGACCGGGACGACUGAUCCGUGUAAAGGAAAGAAUGAAUGGGGCCAUGUAUCGUGAGAUUUUGAGUGAAAACCUCCUUCCAUCAGCAAGGGCAUUGAAGAUGAAACGUGGCUGGGUCUUUCAGCAUGACAAUGAUCCCAAACACACCGCCCGGGCAACGAAGGAGUGGCUUCGUAAGAAGCAUUUCAAGGGCCUGGAGUGGCCUAGCCAGUCUCCAGAUCUCAACCCCAUAGAAAAUCUUUGGAGGGAGUUGAAAGUCCGUGUUGCCCAGCGACAGCCCCAAAACAUCACUGCUCUAGAGGAGAUCUGCAUGGAGGAUUGGGCCAAAAUACCAGCAACAGUGUGUGAAAACCUUGUGAAGACUUACAGAAUAAUAAUAUAAUAAUAUGCCAUUUAGCAGACGCUUUUAUCCAAAGCGACUUACAGUCAUGCGUGCAUACAUAUUUUUGUGUAUGGGUGGUCCUGGGGAUCGAACCUUGGCGUUACAAGCGCCGUGCUCUACCAGCUGAGCUACAGAGGACCACAGAAAACGUUUGACCUGUGUCAUUGCCAACAAAGGGUAUAUAACAAAGUAUUGAGAAACUUUUGUUAUUAACCAAAUACUUAUUUCCCACCAUAAUUUGCAAAUAAAUUCAUUAAAAAUCCUACAAUGUGAUUUUCUGGAGAAAAAAAAUCUCAUUUUGUCUGUCAUAGUUGACGUGUACCUAUGAUGAAAAUUACAGGCCUCUCUCAUCUUUUUAAGUGGGAGAACUUGCACAAUUGGUGGCUGACUAAAUACUUUUUUCCCCCACUGUACUGUGUGUGCCUGUGUGUGUGUGUUAAAGUUCCAACUGUAAUCUAUUAUAUGAUGAUAUGAGAAUGAGAUAUUGAGAGACCAGUAGAAAUAUUCUAGUACGUCUUAACAAUAUUAAUAUAUUCAUGUUCUUUAUUUUAUAUCAGUAGUCAGUUUUUCUAUUCCUUCCUCACUGUUGUCACCUUUGUUGUUUUAGAGAAUGUUGGCUGUUCCAGCUCUGCUGCUGACAACUCUGGAGGAGAUGAACCCACAUGAUCUGAAGACAUUUCAGUCUUUCCUGACUAGUGGCCUGCUGCCUGACUGUCCUCCCAUCCCAGAGAGUCAGCUGGAGAACGCUGACAGACAGGUCACAGUGGAUCAGAUGGUGAAGACAUACGGCCCUGAGAGAGCUGUGGAGAUCACACUGAGGAUCCUGAGGGGGAUGAAGCGGGUAGACCUAGCAGAGAAGUUAGAGACAGAUCACAGAGGUAACAGAACAAGAAUGUACAUCAAUCUAUACAUCACAAUCACAGUUCAGUGGAGGUCUAACCAGAAAGAACAUUCAACUGACUUCAUAAUAACAUUCAGCACGCCCCUCUUUUAUCAUUUUUAUUAAUGAUGUAUCCAGGUGACCCCAUUAUGUUUAAACAGCAAUCCAACAUUCAUUAUAUUCCAUACAUACAAUCACCAAUACAGUAGGGAAGAUAUCACAAACAGAUUAGACUUUCUAAUCAUGGCUGUAUAUCUUUUCCUGAGCUGCCUAAUCUGGAAGAUGAACCAGAAUGAUCUGGCAGAGAAGUUAGAGAGAGAUCAGAGAAGUAGGAUCGUAGACAAGGACCCUAACUGUCUCUCUGUCCCCCCUCCUAUCUUCCCCUCUAUUUCCCCUGUUUCCCCCUCUUUCUCAGGUACUGCCUCAACCUCUCCCCUGUGCGGUUACCCUCCACGUCCCCCCUUCUUCUACCCUGGCUCGUCCGAGGAGGUGUUGUCGUUAACUUCUGCUGGUAGCUCAGGAAACUUCAUCUCACAGGUAAGAGGACGGUUAGAGAAGUGUAGGAUCACUUCUACCCUCAUAUGUUAAAACACCUGUACUCACUGUCAUAGUCAGUUCUACAGUAUGAAAUGAUACAGUCCACACAUACAGUCUAGAUAAUUAACUAAUCUCUCAUGUACACUAUGAGUGGUGGGAGUCAGACUGCAUCCCUACACACACACACACACACCAUUAGACAUAAAGGCUGUGAUUAUAUUUCUGUAUAGCCGUGUAUGACUUGUGUGUGUGUGUGUGUGUGUGUGUGUGUGUGUGUGUGUGUGUGUGUGUGUGUGGUGUGUGUGUGUGUGUGUGUGUGUGUGUGUGUGUGUGUGUGUGUGUGUGUGUGUGUGUGUGUGUGUGUGUGUGUAGGAGGAAGCUGCCUCUGAGAUGGAAAGGAAGCCAGCAGGGGAGGAGAGUGGAGAACUCCCCAGCACCUCUUCUGGAAUGUGAGUGAACAUAGAGUAUAUUAUCUAUUAUCUACCUGGUACAGCCAGGGCCACCCCUCAGAGUGGAUAUGAGUGGACAUAGAGUAAUUAUCUAUUACUCCCUGGUACACCAGGGCCCCCCUGGGUGGAAUAGGGGACAAGAGUAUUUCAUUAUUACCUUGGUAAAAGCCAGGGCCCCCCCUCAGGUGGAAUGAGGACAAGAGUAUAUUAUCUAUUUUUACCUGGUACAGCCAGGGGCCACCCCUCAGGGGAUAUAGGGACAUGAGUAUAUUAUCUAUUAUCACCUGGUACACCAGGGCCCCCCCUAAGGGGAAUUAGGGGAAAUAGAGUAUAUUAUCUUUUAUCUCCCGGGUUACAGCCAGGGCCACCCCUCAGAGUGGAUAUGUGGAAUGGGUUAUUAUCUAUUAUUACCGGUACAGCCGGGGCCCCCUAAAAGGGGGAAGGAGGACUAGGUAUAUUAUCUAUUAUCCCUGGUACGCCAGGGCCCCCCAGGUGGAUUGAGUGGAAUAGAGUAUAAAUUAUUAUUACCUGGUACAGCCGGGCCCCCCCCUAAGUGGAUAUAUGGACAAGGUAAAUAUUUCAUUAUCUACCUGGUACAGCCAGGGCCACCCCUCAGAGUGGAUAUGAGUGAACAUAGAGUAUACUAUCUAUUAUCUACCUGGUACAGCCGGGCCACCCCCUCAGAGUGGAUAUGAGUGGACAUAGAGUAUAUUAUCUAUAUCUACCUGGUACAGCCAGGGCCACCCCUCAGAGUGGAUAUGAGUGGACAUAGAGUAUAUUAUCUUAUUAUCUACCUGGUACAGCCAGGGCCAUCCCUCAGAGUGGAUAUGAGUGGACAUAGAGUAUAUUAUCUAUUAUUUACUGGUACAGCCAGGGCCACCCCUCAGAGUGGAUAUGAGUGGACAUAGAGUAUAUUAUCUAUUAUCUUACCUGGUACAGCCAGGGCACCCUCAGAGUGGCUAUGAGUGGACAUAGAGUAUAUUAUCUAUUUAUCUACCCGGUACAGCCAGGGCCACCCUCAGAGUGGAUAUGAGUGGACAUAGGGUAUAUUAUCUAUUAUUACUGGUACAGCCAGGGCCACCCCUCAGAGUGGAUAUGAGUGAACAUAGAGUUAUAUUAUCUAUUAUCUACCUGGUACAGCCAGGGCCACCCCUCAGAGUGGAUAGAGUGGACAUAGAGUAUAUAUCUAUUAUAAACUGGGUGGUUUGAGCUCUUCUUUCUCAGGUACAGCCUCAACCUCUCAUCUGUCCUUAUUCCCACCAGGCCCCGAACUAUCUUUUCCCAGUGUGGUUACCCUCCAGGUCCUCCUCCUCCUUCCUUUCUGCCUCAUCUAGGAAAUCUUUCUGGUACCUCAGGACAGCUCAGGUCACAGGUAAGAGGACGGUUAGAGAAUUUUAGGAUCACUUCUACCCUCAUAUGUUAAAACACCUGUACUCACUGUCAUAGUCAGUUCUACAGUAUGAAAUGAUACAGUCCACACAUACAGUCUAGAUAAUUAACUAAUCUCUCAUGUACACUAUGAGUGGUGGUGGUCAGACUGCAUCCCUACACACACACACACCAACUGUAAUCUAUUAUAUGAUGAUAUGAGAAUGAGAUAUUGAGAGACCAGUAUAAAUAUUCUAGUACGUCUUAACAAUAUUAAUAUAUUCAUGUUCUUUAUUUUAUAUCAGUAGUCAGUUUUUCUAUUCCUUCCUCACUGUUGUCACCUUUGUUGUUUUAGAGAACGUUGGCUGUUCCAUCUCUGCUGCUGACAACUCUGGAGGAGAUGAACCCACAAGAGCUGAAGACAUUUCAGUCUUUCCUGACUAGUGGCCUGCUGCCUGACUGUCCUCCCAUCCCAGAGAGUCAGCUGGAGAACGCUGACAGACAGGUCACAGUGGAUCAGAUGGUGAAGACAUACGGCCCUGAGAGAGCUGUGGAGAUCACACUGAGGAUCCUGAGGGGGAUGAAGCGGGUAGACCUAGCAGAGAAGUUAGAGACAGAUCACAGAGGAGGUAACAGAACAAGAAUGUACAUCAAUCUAUACAUCACAAUCACAGUUCAGUGGAGGUCUAACCAGAAAGAACAUUCAACUGACUUCAUAAUAACAUUCAGCAGGCCUCUCUUUUAUCAUUUUUAUUCAUGAUGUAUCCAGGUGGCCCCAUUAUGUUUAAACAGCAAUCCAACAUUCAUUAUAUUACAUACAUACAAUCACCAAUACAGUAGGGAAGAUAUCUCAAACGGAUUAGACUUUCUAAUCAUGGCUGUAUAUCUCUUCCUGAGCUGCCUAAUCUGGAAGAUGAACCAGAAUGAUCUGGCAGAGAAGUUAGAGAGAGAUCAGAGAAGUAGGAUUGCAGACAAUGACCCUAACUGUCUCUCUAUCCCCCCUCCUAUCUUCCCCUCUAUUUCCCCUGUUUCCCCCUCUUUCUCAGGUACUGCCUCAACCUCUCACCUGCCCAUAUUCCCACAAGGCCCCGAUCCGUCCUCUCCCCUGUGUGGUUACCCCCCAUUUCCCCCCUUCUCUCCAGCUCUAUCUUCUUCCCAGUGUGGUUACCCUCCACGUCCUCCUCCUUCCUUUCUGUCUCAUCUAGGUUCUGGUAGUAACUUAAGACAGCUCAGCUCACAGGUAAGAGGACCGUUAGAGAAGGAUCACUUCUACCCUCAUAUGUUAAAACACCUGUACUCACUGUCAUAGUCAGUUCUACAGUAUGAAAUGAUACAGUCCACACAUACAGUCUAGAUAAUUAACUAAUCUCUCAUGUACACUAUGAGUGGUGGGGGUCAGACUGCAUCCCUACACACAUACACACACCAUUAGACAAAAAGGCUGUGAUUAUAUUUCUGUAUAGCCGUGUAUGACUUGUGUGUGUGUGUGUGUGUGUGUGUGUGUGUAGGAGGAAGCUGCCUCUGAGAUGGAAAGGAAGCCAGCAGGGGAGGAGAGUGAAGAACUCCCCAGCACCUCUUCUGGAAUGUGAGUGAACAUAGAGUAAAUUAUCUAUUAUCUACCUGGUACAGCCAGGGCCACCCCUCAGAGUGGAUAUGAGUGGACAUAGAGUAUAUUAUCUAUUAUCUACCUGGUACAGCCAGGGCCACCCCUCAGAGUGGAUAUGAGUGGACAUAGAGUAUAUUAUCUAUUAUCUACCUGGUACAGCCAGGGCCACCCCUCAGAGUGGAUAUGAGUGGACAUAGAGUAUAUUAUCUAUUAUAUACCUGGUACAGCCAGGGCCACCCCUCAGAGUGGAUAUGAGUGGACAUAGAGUAUAUUAUCUAUUAUCUACCUGGUACAGCCAGGGCCACCCCUCAGAGUGGAUAUGAGUGGACAUAGAGUAUAUUAUCUAUUAUCUACCUGGUACAGCCAGGGCCACCCCUCAGAGUGGAUAUGAGUGGACAUAGAGUAUAUUAUCUAUUAUAAACUGGGUGGUUUGAGCUCUUCUUUCUCAGGUACAGCCUCAACCUCUCAUCUGUCCUUAUUCCCACCAGGCCCCGAACUAUCUUUUCCCAGUGUGGUUACCCUCCAGGUCCUCCUCCUCCUUCCUUUCUGCCUCAUCUAGGAAGUUUUUCUGGUAGCUCCGGACAGCUCAGGUCACAGGUAAGAGGACGGUUAGAGAAUUUUAGGAUCACUUCUACCCUCAUAUGUUAAAACACCUGUACUCACUGUCAUAGUCAGUUCUACACUUCUACCCUCAUAUGUUAAAACACCUGUACUCACUGUCAUAGUCAGUUCUACAGUAUGAAAUGAUACAGUCCACACAUUCAGUCUAGAUAAUGAAGUAAUCUCUCAUGUACACUAUGAGUGGUGGGGGUCAGACUGCAUCCCUACACACACACACACACACCAUUAGACAUAAAAGCUGUGAAUACAUUCCUGUACCAUGUUGUGUGUAUGUGGCUGUGUUCAUGUUCUUUACAUCAGUAUCCAGUAUUUCUAUUCCUUCCUUAUAUCUUGUCACCUUUUUAGAGACCCCAAAUAUUGUCUGGUUCAGCUCUGCUGCUGACCACUCCAGAGGAGCUCACUGAAGAACAGCUGACUAAUGACGAGCUGCUUAGCGUUCUUUCCAUCCCAGAGAGUCAGCUGGAGAACGCUGACAUACAGGUCACAGUGGAUCAGAUGGAGAGAUACGACUCUUUGAGAGCUAUGGAGACCACAGAGACGUCCGAUAGAUAUCACAGUAGAGGUAACACAGCAAGAUGAUAUAUUUAUCAUUGCACACUCAGUUCUGGGAUAUUGAGUGAUAGAGAUUGUAUUCACACAAAGAUCCCGCACAGCCUGUUGACUGAUUCUGAACUGACUAUUACACUAACCUGUGGGUAUGUUAACCAGCCAACAACACUUUAAACUCUCUCUCUCUCGCUCUCUCUCACUCACUCACUCACUCACUCACUCACUCACUCACUCACUCACUCACUCACUCACUCACUCACUCACUCACUCCUGCAGGAAAGAAAAGGAGAACAAAUGAGCCACCAUCCUGGCCUGUUCUCGUUUCCAGGAAUAAAAAGAGUGAGGAGGAUUGUGUCCCACUGACUGACGGAGCUCCGCCCAUCAUCAAACAUAAGGUGCCCGAUUGUCCCUGCCCUUCUCACUGCUGCCAUGGUGGGCAACAUGUUCACAAUAGAACAGAAAACAGGUCAAAAAUACAUAGAAACAUUUUCUAUUAUAGAAGUAUGUUUCUAUUCUGUUGAUUUGAAUCAAGGAAACCCCAAAGCUGGAGAUGGACUGUCCUCCCAUCCUAGACAUCCCACUGGAGAUGGCUAACAGUGUCAACACAGAGGUAGCUGUGAACACCCAGGAGAACACCCAGAGGAUGGACGAGGAGUUGGGAAGAGAAAGGGGUAACAGCUAAUAUAUUAAUCUGGAUCAAUUAUGAAGUUGAAGUUGUAUAGAAAAACAUGAUGAUUGAUCUUUAUUUGGUUCUCUUUAGGUUCUCCUCUCCUCCUGGAACACCAUCACAUGGUAAGACCCUCACUGGACUGAGAGAAAGACUGAAAUUAAAAACUAUUCUUCACUCUACUGGUUGAAUUACAGUAUCUAUUGUUUCUACAUUUUAGAGUUCUCCAGAUGAAUUUACACCUGAAAUCCACGAUCAGGACAACAGGAGAGAAUACCAGUAACUUAAUAUAUUUAAUGUUUCUUAUUGGUAGUUUGUAUAAAAGAAGGACAAUACCUUAAAUCCAGGAAAUCUCAUUAAAAUGUCAUUCUUCACCAUUGUUUGUUCUACAGGUUCCUGUGCCCCAGUGCAGGUCUGUUCCAGUGCAGUAUAACAGGCCUGGUGUUUAGGAUGGAGGGAGAGGGAGAGGUGCUCUAUAGGACAGUCCCCUGGGACAGGAGGCUUCUAGCCCAGAGUGGCAAAAGGCCUGCAGGACCCCUGUUUAGGUUGACAUGCCUUAAGGGGUCUGUCUGUCAACUACACCUCCCACACUGUGAGAUCUACAAUAGUGAGUAAUAAUAUUGUGAAGGAUUAAUUUCACUUUUCAUGUUUUCUGAAAGAACAUAUUCUCAUUAUUUGCUUAUUUAUUUACUCAUUAUUAUGUAUUUUAUUUUCUGCUAUAGUCUCAGCAUUGUUAUGUUUGUCUUGUUGGUCAGAGAAAUCUCUAAAUGUUAUAUUUCUUUACCAGGUGGUUUACCAUGUGACUUCCUGUCUGUAGCCCAUGUGACUGAUGAAAACAUGGAGUUUAUCCGUCCACAUAAGAUAACAGAAACGCAUGUCAUAAUAAAGAUCAGGGGAUUCUCUGCUUAUGGUGACGUCAAGGAUGAAGACUCACCCACCGUUCCUAUAAGAGCACUUGUCUUGUUGUUCUACAAACCCCCAGUUGUUCCUAAAAAGAGGUCCAUCCUGAAUGUGCUGUUGCUUCCCAGAAAUGUUGUGAUCAGGGAGGUAAGAAUAUCUGAAAUGUCAAACUCUACUUUGGCUGAAUUCAAUUAAGCACACAUUGUGGUAAAUGCACAGGACAUUAAACCACAAAUUCAUGUUUUAUUAAUGUUAUUGCUUGUACAAUGUUUUCUGAUUGAAACAUACUAACAAAAUGUGAUUUUAUGAAAACAAGGUGCAGGAGGAGUGGAUAAGAAGGAAUGAAGACAGAAACAUCUAUAUUGAAACAAAUUCUCACUGCCAACUAACUCCGAAUCAAGAAUACAACCUCUCCACAGAUCUUACAGAUGAAUAUCUAAUAAAACCAAUGGUGAUAUCUGAGUUAGAGAGAGAAUAAUCAUUGUUUGCACAUGCAAAUGAUCUUAUGACGUUACCUUUAUAUAUUUAAUUAUUAUAUCAUUUGAUAGACUAACACUAUCUUUCUACCAGGAUGCAGAAUUUGUGGAUUUUGAAUCCUAUGAAAACUACAUCCCAACAUUUCAGUUGUUCAUACAAACUGUUGUUGAAGAAGUUAAUCUUCUUCUGAAAGAAAAUGGUGGUGUAGUGUCUGUCUGGGACAGACUUGUCUGGCUUCCAGGUAAGACGUAGUAUUAUUAGUAGUAGUAGUAUUAGUAUUAGUAUUAGUAGUAUUAGUAUUAGUAUUAGUAUUAGUAGUAGUAGUAGUAGUAGUAGUAGUAGUAGUAGUAGUAGUAGUUUUUGAAUUGUUGUUAUUGAACUAUGAAAUGAUUAUUUUACUUUUGUACCUUUAUUUUAUCAGGGAGUCAUACUGAGACCAAGGUCUCUUUUACAGACGAGUCCUGAAUUAAAAUAUAUAUUGUAUCAUAUGAUUAUGGUUGGUUAUAAUGAUUAAUCACCAUUAUAAACCUCUCAAUAACAAACUAAAGAAAAUGUAUCUUAAACAGUAUCUUAUCAUCCUAGAUAGGAUUUUAAUACAUCAUUCCCCCCUCCCAGUGUCAGCUGUUUCCCCAGCAGCCCCUCCUGCCAACCACUCUACCCUCCCUGGUAGAGGCUUCAUCAGAAAUCACAGGAUGGCUCUAGAGACUCGCCUGGGACUCUUGCAGCCCUUAUUCCUGCGUCUCCAGGAUCGUGGUGUUCUGAUUGAUGAGGAGAGGGAGGAGGUGGUCAGCAAAUCCACCAAGACCCAACAGAACCAAGCCCUGCUGGACAUGGUGGUGAGGAAGGGGGAUGAAGCCCAGGAGGAGUUCUACCAGGUCCUGAGAGAAGCAGAUCACUUCCUGGUCAAAGACCUGGAGAAGAAGAAAGCCUGA